AUGCAAAAAUCUAAGAUAAGAGUAGACACAAAACAACUAAAGUUGUGCAUGGCGAUUAUUUUAUUUGGAUUGAUACUAAAUGUCCAAAGCAAGCUUUCUAUUGGGGAAAUAGAGAAGAUUAACCAUACUUUUAUUACUCCCAUUAAAUGUAGCAAUGACUUUAGGGCCUAUAAACAGAAAACAUAUAUAAACCCAUGUGGACCAUUAAAUCUACUGCGGGGGUACUUAUACCAUACGAUGGGAUAUGUGUAUAACAAGAGAUGUUUCUCCCCGGAAAUACAGUGUGAUUACACACUCUCCACUCACCCAGGGCGGCCAGUGUCAUCUCCCCAAUACUAUGAGCUAUUUAGAAACCCAGAUAAAGAUUCUGCAUAUUCUCCUAUUUCAGAUAAUAGCACGGAUGAGGUCUAUUUGUCCGAAUUUAGCAACUGUCUUGUUAAUAUGUUUGCUUUGAGGAGUCCAUCCUUUAUAGAGGAUGAUAAGCGCCCAAGCAGGUUUACACGAUUCCUUUCUUGCAAAAAGCUAAAGAAGCAUGCGCAUUAUAUUCUGGCUUCUAUUUUUUUGUCAACAGAGGGUGUGAAGGUUCCUCUUUUUUAUGAUGGAAAUGAAUCCACACUAACUCUGUAUAAAAACAAUUUGAGAGCUCGUAUUUUCCAUGUACAAAUGGCAGGUAGUCUCUUGGAGCUUCAAAAAAACUUUGAGAGCUUUGAAGUAUUCAACAAAUGUAUAGACACUCUUGACUUUCUCAUGGAUAGCAAAAAUAUCGAAAUGGCCGAUGCCAAAUACUCAAUGGAUAUAAAAGAUAAAGAAAGAUUUGACGAUGGAUACUUUCUUAACCACCCACACUUUAUAAUACAGGCGUAUCUUGCUCUUUUCCUAAAAAAGAAAAAAGAUGCUAUUAAGUUCAUUAACGCUGUGCAUGAGCUACUUCUUGAUCGUAUAAUGGACGAGGACGAUGAUGUUAAUAGCAAACAGAAAUUAGAGAAGGUAUUCUCUGAGUGUUUUGUGUUUGAUAGUGAAAAUACUGAAUACAGAAACAACUAUGAUGCUAUAGAAGAGAUGGAGCUAGAAAUCAACAAAAGAAAAGCUAUGCCAUUCCAUAACUCGUAUGAACUAAGCCUAUAUAGGAAUAAAGCAAUAGUCAAGAGAAAGGAAGGAGAAGAAGAGCUUGAUGAGAAACUGCCUGGCACAAAUGGUUCAGUUGAAACUGCCUUGCUUGGCCUGCUAUACAUAGGCCUAUACAACUUUAAUACAGGCACGCACGAACAUGCUUCGUGGACAAGCAGCGAGAAAAGCAUAGAACUAAAUAGUGUGGCAGAAAUGAUAACGCGGCAGGUAUACCCGUCGCCUAAGCUGAUGAAAAGCUGGUGGAGUUAUCUUCGCAGUAUGAACACAGGUGGAAUAUCCUAUAAGCCAACAUCGUCUCUCAUGAAUAAUGGUAUACUGAAUAUGCUACGAGCCAUUUUAUAUAUGACGAAUGCCCACACUAAUUAUAAAAAAGAGCUAGAGAAAAUUGCAGAUUCGUUGAUACGCACUGAGAGUAGCAAGAAAUACACUAUGAAAGAGAUAAAUAGAAAACUUGUCAAAAUGUUUAACCUGCUCGAAAAUGACAAAACAGAUUUCAGGGUAAAAAGUCUGCAAAUAGAUGAGUUUAGCAAUACACAGGGUGCUUCUGACUUGUUUGGGAAGGUGUUCUUUUCGUACAUGGAAAAUAAGAAGAAGAUAAUAGUAACUUUGGAUAUAAGUCAAAAUGCUACAGUUAUUUAUUUUGCAGGCGAUAGUGUGAAAGAAAUAAUUAACAGAUCUGAUAUUAAUACACUGUUUACGAAAAAGAAAUGCUUCUUUCACUGCCUUCUGGUAAAGUACGCAGAAUACAUCAAAAAUGGCUCACGUCUGAAUUCAUCCUGUGUGAUGGACAUUAAUAGAAAACUCAACGGAGAAAUUGGGGUAAACUACUCUCAUAAUACAAACAGACUGUUCUUGCUUGGGCCAAUUAAGACAAUAGAGUGCAAAGAUGUGCUUAUUACCAAUGCAAUAGUGUACUGCUUAAUUAAAUGCACGGAUAGAAACAGCCCGAGAGUAAGAUUUAUUUCGAACUUGGUAGCAAGCCUAUUUAGCGCAGACAGAAGAUAUAUGCAGCAUAUACUGCAGAGAAUCAUCUGCAGCAAAGGAAUAGAGAAGGGCUUCUACCCAAAUAUCAAGAUAGAAGAGGAAGAAUAUUAUGCGGGCUCUGCGCAAAAAGAUGAAAUUCAAGAAAUCUUCCGCCAUAUUGCUGACACUAAAAACAGAGAAGGUUUAAAAUGCAUACUAGAGUACGCAGUAAGCGUCCACUCCUAUACUCCAGAAGAAUGCAGUAAUAUAUUGAAUAGCUCGAACUUAGCUGCUAUAAUAAUGGGCAUUCUGAAUAGAGAACAGCCCUCUACAUCGAGUGAAUGUAAUAGUACUUCUAGGCCACUGCAGAUAAGGGAGUCAUAA